UCCAGUUAAUAUGUGUUGUGGGCUGACUGGGCACCGCAGAUAUAAAUUAUAAAUAACCAACUUAAUAAUAUAUAAUAAUAAUACCUAAUAAUCUAUAUCUGCGCCGUACUCGCUCUGACUACCACGACCGUUCGCAGGGAACCGAAUACUGAUCAAUCAUCAAAAGCCGUUCGCAUUUCUCUGUGUCCCGUGAUUGUCAUCGUCGUCGUCGUCGUUGUCGUCGUCGUCAUCGUUGUCGUAACAACCAUUUAAAAAACUUAUAACAUUUUACUUCAACUCAGCACUGGAAUUCAAACUAUUACUGCUAAACAAAAAAUAAAGCUGGAAAAACUAAAAGUUUAUUUUUAUUGAAACUUGAAAGUUACCAUUCAUUAUGUCAACUCCUGCCAGACGUAGACUAAUGCGAGACUUUAAAAAAUUACAAGAAGAUCCACCUGCAGGUAUCAGUGGCACACCAACUGAUAAUAACAUCAUGCUGUGGAAAGCUGUAAUUUUUGGACCUCACGAUACUCCAUUUGAAGAUGGCACAUUUAAAUUAACAAUAGAAUUUACUGAAGAAUAUCCUAAUAAACCACCAACAGUUAGAUUUGUUUCAAAAAUGUUUCAUCCAAAUGUCUAUGCUGACGGAGGAAUUUGUCUUGAUAUAUUACAGAACCGCUGGAGUCCCACUUAUGAUGUAGCUGCUAUUUUGACAUCCAUACAAUCACUUCUUAGUGAUCCAAAUCCUAAUUCGCCAGCUAAUUCUAUGGCUGCCCAAUUGUAUAAGGAGAAUCGCAGAGAAUAUGAGAAACGUGUAAAGAUGUGUGUGGAGCAAAGUUUCAUUGAUUAGAAUUCAUUAAUUAUUCUUUUUAAUCAUAAAUAAAAAAAAAUAAAAAUAGUUGGUGUGUUAUUAGUUCUUUUAAACUU